UGAAUUUUUGAAAAUAGUGCGUUAUAAUUGCUGGGAAAACAAGGGUCUAUAAUAAGAAAGACAAUAAUUUGACAUUUUGAUACAAGUUUUACAUAAAGCAGUGUACUUUCGAUAGGAUAACACAAAGGAUAGUGUGAUGAAACGUUUUAUUCCAUGGAUCGGAGUCUGUGUACUCCUAGUCAUAUCACAAACCGCGGCCGAAAAAAAAAAUCAGAAGCAGUUUUGGGACCUUUUCGGGAAAGAUGAGAGCCCUAUUUCCACGAGAGAUGGAUUGGAGUUUGAUGAUUAUGAGGGCAGUGGUGGCGAUAUACUAACUAACAAAGGGGAUGUUACCCAUGUGGAUGAGGAAGAUGACGAGGACUUCGACGAUGGAAUCUCGGGAGACGGCAUUGAUAAAGACAAGGUCGAUAACACAGACAUCGUCUUCACUGAUAAAGAUAAACCAUCAACUUCUGGCACAACUAACAAGCCUGCCUUGCAUACUACCAAGAAGCCCAUUACAGAUGAUGAAGACCUGUUUGAAGGCAGCGGAAGUGGCCACCACGAGACCUUGGAAGGCCCAAGCACAAAGGCCCCUGUUGUGGUUACCAGCUCUAGCUCCAGCCGACCGCUGACAGCGUGCGAGAACCUGCGCAGUACCGCUCUAGACAAGGCGGUCUUCAUACCCGAGUGUGAGGAGGAUGGAGGGUUCCGCAAGCAGCAGUGCACCGUGGACAAUGUCUCCAAGACGAAAGUCUGCUGGUGUGUGGACCCCAGGGGACAAGAGAUCAAGGGCACCCGCAUGGUGUUCCCCAAGGUGCCGGACUGUGACUUUGGAUCCAACCUCAAGUCGUGCGUGUUCCAGCGGGUACAGCAUUCCCAGGGUCUGCUGGGUGCCUACAAGCCCACAUGCACUGACAGUGGCGAAUAUGAGCCUGUGCAGUGCCACGAGCGCGAGUGCUGGUGUGUGGACACCCUGGGGAAUGAGCUACCCGGCUCUGUGAAAACAGACAGGACCCAGUUGAACUGCUCACCUAGCACAAAGGGCCCUAUUUUGACGGCCACAAAGGCCCCAGUAAAUAACACCUCACGGCCCGCUACUUCCAGUACCACAAAGAAGCCUGUGGACUUGCCGAAGCCAGGCUACACCAUACCAAUAGAUGAAAAGGAUGAGGUAAUAGAGGAACCCAUCGUUACAGAUGUUGUGGUGGAUGUGGAGUCAGCUCCAGGUAAGAAGCCUGAGCCUGAGAACAACUAUGGAGAGAACAACAGGCUAGACAAUAUGGUCUCCCCAACAAAGCAUGAUGACAGCUCCAUGCUGGCCCAGCCAGGCCUCCUUGCUGCUGUGAUAGGAGGUGCAGUGGUGGGUCUACUCUGCAUGAUUUUGCUGGUGAUGUUCAUCGUGUACCGCAUGAAGAAGAAGGACGAAGGCUCCUACCCCCUGGACGAACAGAAGUACCUGAACUACACAUAUAACAAGGCUCCUGAUAAGGAAUUCUAUGCUUGAAAAGGGGCUGACACGGGGGCCCAUCUGCGGUCAUGAAAUAGAAUAUCGUUAAGAAUUUUGUUACCUUGCACAUGCCUGUAAUUUAUAUGUGUAAGGAAGAAUGAGAUGAAGAAAAAAAGCUGUAUACUUUUUCAGUGUAAAUGUUAAAGAUGAAAUAAUUGUCUUAUAAUUAUAUCUUGAUAACUUUUAAAGAAGACCAUGACCAUGUGUUGAAAGGAAAUGAUUUUGUUCUUGAUUAUUAAGUACUUGCAACCCAACAACAACUAAGAGUAAAGUACCUUUCCUUUCAAGUAACAUGUGGAGUGGAACUUUUAUGUGUAUUGAACAAACGUUGUACAUUCGUCUUAGUUGACUGUGACUGUAUGUUUUAACUGUGUUUGUUUCUGAAGCCAGUAAUAUCUUGAACUCUCUGGGAUGUUGUGCUAUCCAAAAUUUGGGUAAAAAAGUGUGUGGAGACCAAAUUUGUGGGUAACUGCCACAUGAUGUAACUGAUAGGGUGGAAUUAAAUAUCUGGGGGGAGGUUUCAUUCUUGAGGAAAACCGCAUGAAUCUUAAGAAAUUUUCUGAGGGGAUUGAGCCGAUAUUAUGCGUCAGCAGUAAAAUAAAAAAGCUAUUUAUGAAUAUUUCUUAUAUUUAUUGAAGCAAUUAGAAUGAAAAGAAUGUCACUAACAAGUUUACUAGUUGACAGAUAAGAAUUACUCUUUCUUACUAAUUGCACCAAGUUGUCUGACAAAAGAUGGUAGUAAUUUGUUUGGAUUAUGCAUCCAUGUGCUAUCCUUAUCACUGAUAAUAUAAACCCUAAAAAGCUAAACAAAAUCAGUUAUCAUAAAUACAAACAGGUCAGUUUUACUGGAGAAUUUACAGCUAUUAUUACAGAAGCUUCACCAUUUUUGCCUAGGGUCUAGAAAAAAAGGCCUUGGCAAACAGCAUAGACCCAGAUGAGACGCAUCAGGGUCUGCGCUGUUUGCUUAAAGGAAUUUCUGUAAGAAAUAUUCUGAAUAUAGAAAUAAAUAUACUCGACAUCCCUUAUUUUGGAAAUAAAUUGAUUCAGUUUAGAAGGAUGGGAGAGUCCACUAGGCAUAAAUGGGUUAAGACAAAUAGAUAAUAAUAACAUCUGAAUCCUGACAACUUGAACAAAGGGGAUUUUAAUGAUCAGUUGCGGUAUCAAGUAAGCCGAUAUUAUUCAGUAUUUGGUGGUACAUCAUCCCAGUGAUGGCAGGAAUUCCAUGUUACGAUCGCUUCAUCCACCCCCAAGAUCAAGAUAAUGUCAUGUGAUACCUCAUUGUAAAUAUAGUGUACACUAUCAGGACUCUAACUUGGUUGUUACCAUAACAACCUUUCAAACCUGUUGAUUUAUUUUUUUCGGUAAAGAAACGUAUUUUUGCAAGCAAAGUUUUCGGGCAUUCAUUUUAUUAUUUUAAGAUGAAUCUGUCAGCCACUGGUGUUUUUAAAAUUUUAAGAUACUAAGAGAGCAUUUUGAAAACAAGAGACCAGAAAUCAGCUUAUAUUAAAACACUGUUUUUUAUUGGGUUUUCAAUUAAAUUUUAUACUGUGAUUGUGUAUUGAUUUGAAAUCUCUUUGUCAACUUAAAUUUGGUAUCAUUUUAUAGGCUAUGUUACAUUCCAAUUUUCGUUGGACAAGAUGUAUACUUGCUUGCUAUAGCAACAACAUUAAUUGGAUAAUAAUAUUAAAAAUUUGAGAUUUUAUUAUAAGCAACUAGGUUAAUUGUCAUCAUGUUCAUUUUCCAUACUGCUCUCAUGUUACUCUAACACCAAUGUUCUAUUGUUGCUGCAGUAAUCAAGGCAUACAUUCAAAAGACAAGUUGCACAGUUUGCUUGUGAGCAACACAUUUGUAAAACAGUUUUGACUUUUUUAGGAUUUUGUGUUUUUGUACACAUUUUGUAUGUUUGUUUUCUUGAUAAGUACUAUAUUUUAAGAUGCAAUUUGUACUUUCAAUUUGGACUUUUUGUAAAGUUUGUAAACAAGACAGUACCACAGCUGAUCAACUGGAGUUUGACUGGAAUCUCAUCUUUAUAAUUGCUUGGUGAUGUUGCAAGAAAAUAACAUCAUGGUGAAUGUGAAAUAUCGGCAACAGAACUGUGAUGAAAUGGUUUUUCAAGAGCGUUGCAAGAAGUCUGAGGCAUUCAACGCAAUCAAGUUAAAAUAAAUGGGGUUCUUACUAAUGGUUUGCGUUGUGUCUUCAAUUAAGUUUUUUUCUUGAAUGAUAAAUGAAUGUAUAAUUUGAUUUUUUUGAGAACACAUAUUUUAUUUGUGAAAUCUUCAAGCUCAUCAUAAAUCGUGAUGUGUCAGUCGCUGGUAAUGUAUUGUUUACACAUCUUGUUAUUAAUGUUGGUUUUUGUGACACAGUUUUUCAGAAUGCUAGAUCAUUGAACAUUGGUUAUGUGUAUGAUUUAAAAAGUCCUCUUUCGUAAAAAAAGAACCAAGGUUUUUCUUCUGCCUGGUAAACUUGUGAAUUUAUUUAAGAAAAGUUGUUCUUUCGUAAUCAUGCUUUACAAACUUGAAAUGUGAAUAAAUGUAAAUUUUUGUUGAAACAGUUUGUGUUUUGGAUAAUGUUGGUUUGUAAAAAAAAUGUGUUUCUGAUCAAAGUUAGUUUAGUGUUUUUUGUAAGUGUUCUUUUCAAGUUGUUAACUGCUUAAAUACCUUUAUCUGAAUACAUAUUAAGUUAGUGUAAAGGUUUUAAAAAACAUCUCAUUUUCAAAGUACAUGUAUGACCACCGCUGAAUUUUUAUAUGUAUUUCCACUUUUAAACAUUGUUUCUGCACAUGUAUUAAUAUAAAAUCAGUUUUUGUAAAAAAAGAAAGAAAAAAUAAACUGUUUUCAAUGACAGUAAAAUGUACAUGUUGAAGUAUUUAGUAGCAUGAAUUAUAAAUUGUGUCUGACUAGUUGCUGAUCUAAGUUUGUUUAACACAAAUUUUGUAUUUGUUCGAUUGUUUCAAUGAUAUGUAGUCCUGUAUAUAGUUUCUGUUUGUUAUCUUCAUUACUCAUGAAUCCUUCAUCGUAUUGUUCACCCAUCUCAUAAAUGUUUAUGCAUAUUCUGAAGCUAAGAAGUUCUUGAAAACAGCUAAACAGCAUCUUUCAUCUCAUCAAUGACCAUAGUUGCACGUGUAGUUUGCAUGUUUUGAUUCUGAAUUAUUUUUAUUUUGUACAAAUAUUAUAUUUUUUUCAGAAUUACUUUAAGGUUGAAUAAGCAAUUAUUUCUAAUUCAGUUAUACUUUAUGAAUGGUUGUAUAUUUUAUUUACUAUGAUAAUUUCUGUUGAAACACAGCCAAACUACCUGUAUUUUAAGCUCGACUUUACAGCUGUACACAGUUUUAAGCCAUAAAGCUUUAUGCUUGCAAUCUUUGUAAUGUUUCCAGUUUACAUCUAUUCAUUUUAUUUUUGAGGAACAGAUGUGAUUGUUAAAAUGCCAAUGAAGCUGGAUUGAAAUCCUCAAAGGCAAUAUAGCAGCACACUAACGCUUUUUAAAUUAGUUUAUAUCUGAUUAAAGUAAAGGUUUUCUUGUUAUCGCAACACACAAAUGUAUGGAAUAAUAUAAUUUAACUGUCGUGUUUUAUUUUGCAAUUGUAAGAAGAAUUUUGAGAUGUCACUUCGGAUCCUUUGUGAAAAUGACAGUACAACAGAGCAAUCAAUGGCCUGUACAUAGAAUAUACAUUAAGAAUGUAACUGUAGUAUUGAGAUAAUAUUUAAUAGGUGUGAUAUAAUUGUGAACCUUACAGGUUAACUUAGGUCUUGCUAAGAUAUCAACAGAACAUGGUGUUUAGUAUAAUGAAGGAAUAGAAAUGUAUACUAUUUACAUUAUUGCUACCAAAAGUCUAAAGUAAUAUUUUGGAGUUGUAUGCCUAUGGAAAUUUCCCUUUUUGGAAAAAUAUUCAUAGAAUCUUUGGUUGUGAAAAUAACUUUGCUUUUGCUUUAUAUUUAUUUGAUUAUUUUCUCGAAAUAUUUACUUUAUAUUCAUAUCAAUAUUGAUCAUUGUGUACAAGAACAAUGUUAACUGUGCUAUUGUGUGUCAUAGUUUGACUUUUGAUUGGAGGCAUCUUAACAUGGUUAGCUUAAAAUAUUAACUAGGCCUUUUUUAUUAUUUGCAAAGAUAGCUCUAAUAUGGCACCAAAUAAGGUAAAUGAAAAAAAGAAAGAAAAUGUUUAAAUAUCAUGUAAGUUAACAAACAAGACAUGUUGAAAAUAUUUUACGAAUGUAUUUUUUAUUGAUUCUUAUUUUCAAUGCAUUUUCAGGCAAUGUUCAUUAUUGUCUUUAAUUUAAAAAAAAUCAUUUAACGACCUUCAACUGAAUCAAAUGGAAUGAGAGUUGAUGUAAACCACACGUCAUGAGCACCCACCAUCCUCAUUAUUGUGUAUUCUAUUGUGUAACUAUUUUUAAAACAAUAAUCACAUGUUUUUAGACGUACUGUAGUUAAAAGAAGUGUCAUUAAAAGUAAAUAACAUUAUUUUUGACCUUAUUGACUGAUAUUACAAUAGUUGGAAAUAAUAUUAUUUUAUUUUGAACACACACAUUUGCACAAUGUAAGUACAUGUAUGUGUGUUAAUUAUAAUUUUUGUUUCAAGCUUAUGCAGAUUUGCAACCAUAUAACAACUCUUAAACUUUAGAAAACUUAUUUAUUGGGUUUAACAAUUUUAAAGUUUGUGCUUAUUUAUUUCCCGUAUGUUUUCUCUUGAUUUUAAUUAUUUAAAUGAGAAUUAUUUUUGUAUUACAAUUGAUUGAAGUAUGCUAACAAUGCAUUUCUGAAUAAGGAUUUUAUUUUUUAGUUUCAAAUCUUUAUUUACUCGUGUACUGUUCAAAGGAUUAAAAGACAUUUCUAUACAAA